AUGGUUGCAACAAUUGAACUGGAAUCACAAGCAAGGAGAGCACAGCAACAGCUUCAAAGGCAAUUACAAGAAGCCCAGCAAAGAGAGCAAAUUUUUCAGGAGCAGCUUCGAGAGCAAGACCAGCAACUUCAAGAAAGAGAGAGGCAAAUCCAAGAGGACAUGGAGAUAGAACAGAAUCUUCAGCAACAGCUUCAACAAGCUCAAGAAAGAGAGAGAGGCCUAGAGCAGCAACUAAGAGAGAGAGAUAGACAAGAGAGAGAAUCUUCCUGGGUAGUUAGCAGAAAUGAUAUUAGAAUGACAGAAAGGGUUCUAGGCAGAGGAGGAUGGGGAGAGGUCAGAGUAGCUCGUUUUCAUGGACUGGAAGUUGCUGCAAAGGUACUUCAUGAGGCCAUUAUAUCAGAAUAUAACAUAUCACUGUUCUCUCGUGAAAUGAAUAUCGCUUCUAAAAUACGUCAUCCUAACCUCCUUCAGUUCAUAGGAGCCACUACAGAGGGUAAUCCAAUCAUCCUGACAGAGCUAAUGCCAACCAGCCUAAGAAAAGAAUUAGAAACUGGAGGACUGGCCUAUCCUGCCAUACUGAGCAUCAGUUUAGAUGUAGCCUGUGCUCUCAAUUACCUUCAUCUCUUCAAGCCUCAUCCUAUACUACACAGAGAUGUCAGCAGUGCUAAUGUACUCCUUCAACCAAUGGGAGUUGAAUGGAGAGCUAAAGUAGCAGACUAUGGAUCAGCUAAUCUUCAACCUCUCAUUGGCACGACAACUAAUCCUGGUAAUCCUGUCUAUUCAGCACCUGAAGCUGCCAAUCCAAGGGAACACUCACCUUCAAUGGAUGUCUUCAGUUAUGGUGUCCUCCUUCUAGAGAUGAUAACACGACGUAUUCCUCUACCAGAAGAGAGAGUAGGUCUUAUUGAUGGUAUUAGAAGAGCCUCGUUUAGGUCUCUUGUUCAACGUUGCCUGAUAGUGGAGUAUAGACGCCGUCCAACAAUGAGUGUUAUUAUAACUGAACUAAAUGAAACCAUUUAUUGAUUAAAUUCUAAUAGUUUUGUUUUAGUUUUUAGCUAUAGCAGGAUAUUCUUCUCAUUGUAUUUUGAGAUUAUGAUUAUUAUUUUUUUUAGUUUUUGAAAUAGACUAUACUUGUAAAAUUGUGUAAAACUAGUUUAGUUCUAA